UAAAUUCGCGCGUUACCUUUACACGCGUGUGCAGUAAUCAUCUGACCGCCGCGCCGAAAGAAAAAUUGAACCAGUUUUAUAUUGUAUUCAAGUCAGUAGAAUCGAAUAGUAUAGAAUGUCUCUGAUUUUCGAUAAAAAGUACAAGCUGGAAAGCAGCGACAAUUUUGACGAAUACUGUAAAGCUCUGGGUGUCAUGCAUGCUAUGCGCACGCUGGCCAAAGUCAUGACCCCGGUGGUGGAACUGACCAAAAAGCAGGAUGGUAAAUACAUGUUGACGUGCACCACGUUGAUCAGAAACACUUCGAUCGAGUUUAACCUUGACGAGGAAUUCGACGAAGAGACAUUAGAUGCCCAUAGAGUGAAGUCAAUCAUCACCCAGGAAGGCAACAAGCUGGUGCACUUCCAAAAAAGUUCUGGCUACAGGAAAGAGACGACGAUAAUCAGAGAAUUUGAACCCGAUCAACUGAAAAUGACGUUGACGGCCGAUAAUGUCACAUGCACAAGGAUUUACAAACCAGUCAAAUAACACAGCAUCACAACAUUGAACUUAUUACUUCUGCUGUACGCCUGUACCUAUUUUUAUAUAAUUAUGUAUAUUAUUCAGAUAUUUUUCCGACAAUCUGAAAUUGGUCAACUGUAAUACAUAAAUAUUAAACACAUAAAAAUAUGUUUGGAUAUAUGAUA